AUGUAUGGAAGUGCUCGUUCAGUUGGGAAGGUGGAACCGAGCAACCAGAGCCCUGGGCGUUCACCUAGGCUUCCACGUUCCCCUCGCUUGGGCCAUCGCCGAACCAAUAGUACAGGAGGGAACUCUGGAAGCAGUGUUGGAGGUGGCAGUGGGAAAACCCUUUCAAUGGAGAAUAUCCAGUCCUUAAAUGCUGCCUAUGCCACAUCUGGCCCAAUGUACCUAAGUGAUCAUGAAAAUGUGGGUUCAGAAACACCUAAAAGCACUAUGACACUUGGCCGUUCUGGGGGACGUCUGCCUUACGGUGUUAGGAUGACUGCUAUGGGCAGUAGCCCUAAUAUAGCUAGUGGUGGGGUUGCUAGUGACACCAUAGCAUUUGGAGAGCAUCACCUCCCUCCUGUGAGUAUGGCAUCUACUGUUCCUCACUCUCUUCGUCAGGCAAGAGAUAACACAAUCAUGGAUCUGCAGACACAGCUGAAGGAAGUAUUAAGGGAAAAUGAUCUCUUGCGGAAGGAUGUGGAAGUAAAAGAGAGCAAAUUAAGUUCUUCAAUGAAUAGCAUCAAGACCUUCUGGAGCCCAGAGCUGAAGAAAGAGCGAGCCCUGAGAAAAGAUGAAGCUUCCAAAAUCACUGUUUGGAAGGAACAGUAUAGAGUUGUGCAGGAGGAAAACCAGCACAUGCAAAUGACAAUUCAGGCUCUCCAGGAUGAAUUACGGAUCCAAAGGGACCUAAACCAGUUAUUUCAGCAAGACAGUAGCAGUCGGACUGGUGAACCUUGUGUAGCAGAGCUGACGGAGGAGAAUUUCCAGAGGCUACAUGCUGAACAUGAAAGACAGGCCAAAGAGCUCUUUCUUCUUCGAAAGACUCUGGAAGAAAUGGAACUGCGUAUUGAGACUCAGAAGCAAACCCUGAAUGCUCGGGAUGAAUCUAUCAAGAAGCUUCUGGAGAUGUUGCAGAGCAAAGGACUCUCUGCUAAGGCUACUGAGGAAGACCAUGAGAGAACAAGACGACUGGCAGAGGCAGAGAUGCAUGUCCACCACCUAGAAAGCCUUUUGGAGCAGAAGGAAAAAGAGAACAACAUGUUGAGAGAGGAGAUGCAUCGGAGAUUUGAGAAUGCCCCUGAUUCUGCCAAGACAAAAGCUCUGCAAACUGUUAUUGAAAUGAAGGAUUCAAAAAUUUCCUCUAUGGAGCGUGGGCUCCGAGACUUGGAAGAGGAAAUUCAGAUGCUGAAAUCAAAUGGGGCUCUGAGUACUGAAGAACGGGAGGAAGAAAUGAAGCAAAUGGAGGUCUAUCGGAGUCAUUCUAAAUUCAUGAAAAAUAAGGUAGAACAACUGAAGGAGGAACUAAGUUCGAAAGAGGCUCAAGGGGAGGAGCUGAAAAAGAGAGCGGCUGGUCUUCAGGCUGAGGUCUUUGCCAUUGGUCAGGUGAAGCAGGAGCUCUCCAGAAAGGAUACAGAACUACUAGCUCUACAGACAAAGCUAGAAACACUUACGAACCAGUUCUCGGACAGUAAGCAACACAUUGAAGUGCUGAAGGAAUCCUUGACUGCUAAGGAACAAAGGGCUGCCAUUCUGCAGACGGAGGUGGAUGCUCUCCGAUUGCGUUUGGAAGAGAAGGAAACCAUGCUGAAUAAGAAAACAAAACAAAUUCAGGAUAUGGCUGAGGAGAAAGGAACACAAGCUGGAGAGAUACAUGACCUCAAGGACAUGCUAGAUGUGAAGGAGCGGAAGGUUAAUGUUCUUCAGAAGAAGAUUGAAAAUCUUCAAGAACAACUUAGAGAUAAGGAAAAGCAGAUGAGCAGCUUGAAAGAACGAGUCAAAUCCUUACAGGCUGAUACCACCAACACCGAUACUGCCUUGACAACGUUGGAGGAGGCCUUGGCAGAGAAAGAGCGGACAAUUGAACGCUUAAAGGAGCAGCGGGACAGAGAUGAGCGAGAGAAGCAAGAGGAAAUUGAUAACUACAAAAAAGAUCUUAAAGACUUGAAAGAAAAAGUCAGCCUAUUGCAAGGGGACCUCUCAGAAAAAGAGGCUUCACUCUUGGAUCUGAAAGAGCAUGCUUCUUCCCUGGCUUCCUCAGGGCUGAAAAAGGACUCACGGCUAAAGACACUAGAGAUUGCUCUGGAGCAGAAGAAGGAAGAAUGUCUGAAAAUGGAAUCACAGUUGAAAAAGGCACAUGAGGCAACAUUGGAAGCUAGAGCUAGUCCAGAGAUGAAUGACCGAAUACAGCAAUUGGAGAGAGAGAUUGCCAGGUACAAAGAUGAAUCUAGCAAGGCCCAGGCAGAAGUUGACCGCCUCUUGGAAAUCUUGAAGGAGGUGGAAAAUGAGAAGAAUGACAAAGAUAAAAAGAUCGCUGAGUUGGAAAGGCAAGUGAAAGACCAGAAUAAGAAGGUAGCAAAUCUGAAGCACAAGGAGCAGGUGGAAAAGAAGAAGAGUGCACAGAUGCUAGAAGAGGCUCGGCGAAGGGAGGACAGUCUCAACGACAGCUCCGCACAACUCCAGGACAAUCUCCGUAAGAAGGAUGACAGAAUUGAAGAGCUGGAAGAAGCACUAAGAGAGAGUGUACAGAUAACUGCAGAGCGAGAAAUGGUGCUAGCACAAGAGGAAUCAGCCAGGACCAAUGCUGAAAAACAGGUGGAGGAGUUACUGAUGGCCAUGGAGAAGGUAAAGCAGGAACUUGAGUCCAUGAGAGCAAAACUGUCCUCUACUCAGCAGUCUCUGGCAGAAAAGGAAACUCAUUUAACCAAUCUUCGGGCAGAGAGAAGGAAACACUUGGAGGAAGUUCUGGAGAUGAAGCAGGAAGCUCUUCUGGCUGCCAUCAGUGAAAAAGAUGCCAAUAUAGCUCUUUUGGAACUUUCGUCCUCUAAGAAAAAGACCCAAGAGGAAGUGGCAGCACUGAAGCGGGAGAAGGAUCGCCUGGUGCAGCAGCUCAAGCAGCAGACACAAAAUCGAAUGAAGUUAAUGGCCGACAACUAUGAGGACGACUACUUCAAAUCCUCUCAUUCCAAUCAAACCAAUCAUAAACCCUCCCCAGACCAGAUCAUCCAACCUCUCUUAGAACUUGACCAAAAUAGAAGCAAAUUAAAAUUGUAUAUUGGACACCUGACAGCCCUCUGCCAUGACCGAGACCCCCUGAUCCUUCAUGGGCUCACUCCACCAGCUUCCUAUAACUUGGACGAUGACCAGACAACUUGGGAGAAUGAACUGCAGAAGAUGACCCAGGAACAGCUUCAGAGUGAAUUAGAAAAAGGUGAGCGGGACAAUGCAGAGCUGCAGGAGUUUGCCAACGCCAUUCUCCAGCAGAUCGCAGACCAUUGCCCCGACAUCCUGGAGCAAGUGGUCAACGCACUGGAAGAAUCAUCCUGA